AUGGAGAUCAAGAUGCCAACGUACGUCAGUGUGGUUGCAAGACUUCUUGAGAAAUUCUUGCUGGUGUUUUGCUUCAUCUUUCUCUUCUCAAGGACUCUGUGUGAUGCUCGCUGUUACUUUAGACCAGCCAGCAAAUACGGGUGCCUUUCAAACAGAAACCUCUAUGUUUUUGGGGCGGUGUGGAAGACUGAAGAUUGUUACCAAUGCAAGUGUAAGAUGACUGCAAUGAUUUGCUGCAGCUUGGUUUUAAUCCCCAAGAACUAUGACAGAGUGAACUGUGUUGGCCUGUUCCACAAGAAAAGCUGUUCCAUCCGAGUGGUGAAGAAGACUAAUCCUGACAUAAGGUGCAAGGUCUACAAUGGAGUUGGUUAA